AUGCGCCGCCCUCGCCGCCGCCCUCGCCUCCGCCGCCCUCGCGUCGCCGUCGCCGCCGCCCUCGCCUCCGCCGCCCUCGCGUCGCCGUCGCCGCCGCCCUCGCCGCCGCUCGUCUGCCCGUGCCUCACCGCCUACCCGGCCGGCGUCAGCCUCGUGAGCGCCGAGGUGCAGGUCGUCGCGGCGGACGGCGUCGGGCUCGAGCCGUCCUGCAACUCGACCGGCUACCCCGGCUGGUGCGAGCACGAGUGGUGCUACGUCGACCCGACCGCGUGCAACACCGAGUACAGCACGACCGCGUACGUGGUGGGCGCCACCCUGCACUACUCGUACCGUGCGUGCGGCUUCAGCAACGAGUUCGAGAGCUGGUUCUACCAGCCGCCGCCGCCGUCGCCGCCGCCGUCGCCGCCGCCGCCCUCGCCGCCGCUCGACUGCCCGUGCCUCACCGCCUACCCGGCCGGCGUCAGCCUCGUGAGCGGCGAGGUGCAGGUCGUCGCGGCGGACGGCGUGAGCCUCGCGUACCCCGGCACGUACGGCCUCCACGGGUGCGACUCGCACGACAGCGGGCUCGAGCCGUCCUGCAACUCGACCGGCUACCCCGGCUGGUGCGAGCACGAGUGGUGCUACGUCGACCCGACCGCGUGCAACACCGAGUACAGCACGACCGCGUACGUGGUGGGCGCCACCCUGCACUACUCGUACCAUGCGUGCGGCUUCAGCAACGAGUUCGAGAGCUGGUUCUACCAGCCGCCGCCGCCGUCGCCGCCGCCGUCGCCGCCGCCGCCCUCGCCGCCGCUCGACUGCCCAUGCCUCACCGCCUACCCGACCGGCGUCAGCCUCGUGAGCGGCGAG